CUGCAGCCGGAGCAGCUGGACUGUGGAGCGGCACACCUUCAGCACCCACUGGCCAUCGUGAACCCUGUCACAGCAUCCCCCGUGUUCACCUACAGCGGCCUGACGGCAGUGGCAGUCGCCAGCGUCAAUAACUACACCGUUGUGUUCCUGGGCACUGCCAGCGGAGGACUCCUGAAGAUUAAUCUGGACAGUACCAUGAAGGUUAUUAGCAGGAGAUCCAUUUCGGUGGCUUAUGGAGAGCCUGUCCACCCUGUCAUGCAGUUCGACCCUUCUGAUUCCACAUACCUCUAUCUGAUGACCUCUUAUCAGAUGACGCGGGUGAAGGUGGCUGCCUGCAACCAGUACUCGACGUGCACAGAGUGCCUGGCCGCUGCUGACGCAUACUGCGGGUGGUGCACGAUGGAGACCAGGUGUUCUCUGCAGCAUGAGUGCACAAACUUCACAGGGGCCAACUUCUGGGCAAGUGCAAGUGAAGGAGUGCAGCAGUGCCCUUCCAUGACGAUCUUGGAGCCUGAGAUUAAUAUCGACAAAGAGAACCCGGCCCUGAUAAUACAAAUAAAUGGGACUAUCCCAAACCUGAAUGGAACAAAUAUUUCAUGUGACUAUGGAAACAAUAUCCACACGGUAGCCAGAGUGGCUGGAGAUUACGUAAACCAAUUUAUUUAUUGCCGUUUACUUCCACGUGAGAAAUACCCAAUGUUUCCAGAUGACCAAGACCACGUGGUCGUUGAAACGGCUCUCCGGGUCAACAGCAAAAACAUUAUCCGGGCCAAUUUCACCAUCUACGACUGCAAAAGAACUGGAAACAUUUACCCGAAGAGAGCAUGCACCAGCUGCCUCUCGACCAGGUGGAAGUGUUACUGGUGCCCCUCCACCUACGCCUGUGUCUCCAACCACUCGCAGUGUGCCGACGCGCUGCAGAUGAAGGAGUUUGGCCCCAUGUCAGACGUCCCACCCUCACCCCCCGGGCUCAACCCCGGGCUGGCUGUGGUGUCCGCUCUCCUCCAGUGCGGAGGAGUGGAGGUGUAUAACUGUGCAACUGGGAGUGCUGACUGUUCUCAGUGCCUGGGGAGGGAGGACCUGGGGCACCGCUGCGUCUGGAGUGAGAGCAGCUCCAGCUGCCGGCUGCACGGCGAGUCCCCCCAGAUCUCAGAUGUCUGCCCAGCUCCGGAGAUUAAGAAG